GCGGCGCGCGGCCCUCGCGGCGCUGGUGGAGCUCGAGGCUGAGGGCGGUGGGGGAGCGAGGAGCCACGGGGACGCUGGGCCGCGGGCGCCUCAGCGAUGUUUUACUCAGGGCUCCUCACCGAGGGUGGCCGCAAGGAGACGGACAUGAGGGAGGCGGCGUCUCUGCGGCAGCAGCGCCGAAUGAAGCAGGCGGUGCAGUUCAUUCACAAGGACUCUGCCGACCUGCUACCCUUGGACGGUCUCAAGAAGCUGGGCUCGUCCAAGGACACGCAACCUCAUAACAUUCUGCAGAGACGCCUCAUGGAAACCAACCUGUCUAAGCUUCGAAGCAGUCGUGUCCCUUGGGCCUCCAAGACCAACAAACUCAACCAGGCCAAGUCUGAGGGGCUAAAGAAGUCUGAGGAUGAUGACAUGAUUUUGGUUUCUUGCCAGUGUGCUGGAAAGGAUGUGAAAGCCUUGGUUGACACCGGCUGUCAAUAUAAUCUCAUCUCUUCAGCCUGUGUGGACAGGCUGGGACUCAAGGAGCAUGUCAGAUCUCAUAAGCAUGAAGGAGAGAAGCUUUCUCUACCCCGGCAUCUCAAAGUAGUGGGCCAGAUUGAGCACCUAGUGAUCACACUGGGCUCCCUCCGCCUAGACUGUCCAGCAGCUGUGGUUGAGGACAAUGAGAAAAACUUGUCCCUUGGUCUCCAGACUCUCCGAUCCCUGAAGUGCAUCAUAAACUUGGAUAAGCACCGGCUGAUCAUGGGGAAGACAGACAAGGAAGAAAUCCCUUUUGUGGAGACAGUUUCCUUGAAUGAAGACAACACUUCAGAAGCAUAACUACAGCCUGCAGCAUGUCUGCACGUAUGCAUACACACCAGGUUGACAGAUUGAGAAAACUGGGUUUGAACCAAAUGCCGUAGCAACUUGCUGUGGACCAAGUCCUUCCCUCUAAUAGAAGCUGCAGGGGCUCCCUCCCACCCAGACCUCUCUAGACUUUAGCCUGUGCUUAGAGAUCUUGUCUGGUCUUAGCCAUUGUUUUUUACUCCUUUGAUCACUUAAUUUAUAGACCUUUUUGACACUGCCAGGUCUCACUUGUGGCCUAUUUCUCUGCUUCUUCCAGGAAUUUACUUUUAUUAGUCAAGUACAGGGGCUGCCAGGUUCUAUUUCUCCAUAGGUGUACUUGCUUCUUUUCCUAUAGCUAAAAUGUAUGAUAAACAGGAACCUGACUUUACCUCCCUUCAGCUGUUUCAAAGGGAUGCAGGAUACUUACGUCUCAGAAUUAGAAUUUCUUCUAAUUUAUUCGUUGAUUUCUGAAGUGUGAAUUGAUCUGGAAAAGCCCAGAGAGAUCAUCUAGUCCAACCCUUUCAUUUAAAGGUCCAGAGAGGCAAGUGAACUGUCUAAGCCCAUAUACCAAGUCAGUGACAGAAGGGACCUAGAACUUAGACCUGACAAGCCAUGUUCAUUCUCCCAUGCAGCUCCAUUUGUCUUCAAGCCUUGAGAGGAGGGUGAAGAGGAGGGUUUGUAAACAGGUUAGGGAAAGGAUAUGCUGCGGGGAUGAAUGCUAGGAGGAUCUGGGUGCUAAGCCCACUAAAAGUCCCCUGACCCAAACUGUCAUAUUUAGGCGUUUAUCUUGGUGCCUAAAAGCCAUGGGUAUCAAGAUGAAUGAGAUGGUCUCUCACCUUGAACUUCUUGGAGGGAAGGAGGAAGAAGGAACCACAGACAGAAGAACAUUAACCAGUCUCUGAGAUGAAAUUGAAGGCUUCAGUAAAUAAUCUGAGCAUUCUUGUCAGAUACUGAUACCCCCAAAAUCCAGUCAGUAUUUCUGCCUAGCUGGUUAUUUGUCUGCCUCGGACCCAAGUAGCUGGGAACAGAAGUAGGGAAAGAAGAUGAAAAAAACCCAGAGCAGGUCCAAAAGAGAAGGGUAGAAUUAGGUGGUGGGAAGGUCUACUUAGGGAAUCCUUUCUGGGAUGGAGGUCAGGAAUGAAACUUUCUGGUUGGGAAUUGAGGGUUGGGAAACUCUAAAGCUCUGUUCUGGUACAAAAAAAGAAGCAGGGCAGGAGCUGGCAGUGGUAAGGACAACUUUUUCUGACUCCCCAAUAUUUCCUGACCCCUCUCAAAGAGUUGGAGGUCACAGGGGUUUCCUAAAGCCUUUCUGUUGGGGUGUCAGUUUGGGCACAUAGAUACCUGUAAUGGAAUCUUCACUUCAAUUUAGUCAGAGAUGUGCUCAGAGAAGUCAGAAAAAUCGCCAGCUGUGCAUUUCCCUUUAAGAGAUUCCCAAGUUGGCCUUUGGAGUUCCUUGAGUAUUUAAUGAUCCCACUUCAAACUUUGCCAGGUCUCAUCAUCAGUCUUGUCUAGUGUUCAGCUACUGUCCCUUCCAAACAGUUCUUUGGAACUCUGAAUGUUUUUAGCUUUACAGAAGCUCCCUAAAGACUGGGAACUUGAUGACCCCUAUUUGAACAGCUAGGCAGCCAUAGUGCAGCCAGUGUCACUGGGUCACCCCCCAGGCCCCUUAUUACCAGCCUCUAUAGAGAAAACAAGAUGGAAAACUAAGCACAGCCACCACAUGGGAGGCCACAUCUGAGCUCAGCAGAGGUGAUCCCACGUUACCAGCCUUCCAUGCCCCCUCAAACUACCCCCAUUUUCUAACAUAGGGGUCACCUGCACCUUUCUGUUGAGGUCUCGCCCCUCUCCUCCCUUACCUAUCAUGGUACCACUUUGGCCUGCUUCUUAUCCUAGGGCUGAGUUGAAAUACUUCUCUUCUCCCUUCUCUAGUUGAAAGUUCCACUCUGAGCCUUGAGUCUUGGCCACAAGUGAGGCUUGUUGGAAGUUCUUUGGCCUAGUGGAUCCUUAUUUGGCUUCCCUGUGGGCCAAGUGAGGCCAGGAAUUCUCAGGUGCGAGAAAGAUGCCAUUGAUUCUGGCCCUUUGAGUUCAGGAUUAUAUGGAGUCGGGUAUGAUCAGAUGGCCAUUAGUGAUCUUUCUGGCCUCUGAGAAUCAGUCAGUGAUUUUCCAAUUUUGGAAUAGAGACAACUGGGACCAUCUGAGCUUAGGAUAUCAGAGUCUCACUCAAUGCAGUCAAAUCAUUUGAAUUCAAUAACCAAAUAAUUGUGCUUUAAACCUCAGGCUUGAUAGAGGUACCUAAAAUGUCUGAAGAUAAUUAUGGGAAGCAUCGAGCUUCAUUAAUCUUUAAAUGCUGCCAAGUUGAUUUCUCUGAUAGCUCGUAUCUCCUCGAUAUUCAUGAGGAAGCACUGGGUCUACGUUUCUGGGGCUGGCUAGAUAAGCAGGUAAGGUCAGUUCUUCCCAGAACCCUAGAAAAUUCUCUCUGGCACCUCUGAUUGAGAGUGUGGGAAGAGAGUGUCUACCCAGGUCACAAUUCCGAAAACAGACAGUAGCAAGGAGUAACCCUAUAGACCUGUACCCAUCUCCUUCCUUAUUAGAUAUCUGUCUCAAAUACAAGCAGCUUGAAAAAUACUGUCUUUUCGUUUGAUAUUUCUAUGCCUGACUUAUUUGAGGAACAAAUGUUUUCUGACUUUUCUAUUUCCUUGCCCUGCACAGACACCACCUGGUAAGAUUUUCUAUUCCUUAGCUCAAAGUGUCUAUAGAUGGAUUGCCUAGUAUGUCAGUUGCCCUCACUCUUGUGUAAUAGAAAUAUCUUUCCAGGCUGGGCAUGUGGAGGAGAUGAACUGGAUUCCUCCCUCCUUCUGUUACCAGGCCUCUGCAUUGGCACUUUAUCUGCUCAGUGUUUCUGGCUGUGUUGGGUGUAUUUGUGAGAUUAAUGUAACAAUAAAGUGAAAUCUUCCCUCUGUGU